CGAGGGUGCUGAGCAGGAAGCGGGAGCGGCUUGACCCGCUGCAGGUACUGGCACUCUUGCCGGAUGGCGUCGCAGUGGCCGAUGUGCUCCCCUGGGUGGAGGGCGCGCUUCGGUACACGCUGGAAGCGCGCCGAAACCUGGCAGUGAUACGGCAACUGCGUCGCAGCGAGAACCUAACAGCGCUGGAGGAGGCGGUGAAGGUCCGGCAGCACCGGGUGCUGGUUACCUCGGAGCGCGCAUGCUCGCUGUGCCACAAGCGGAUAGGCGGCGCGGUCUUUGUGUCGUACCCUGGAGGACUGCUGGCGCACUACUUGUGUCAUAAACGGCAUACGGGCGGGGCAGGAGGCGAAGCGAGUGGCGCAGGGGGAUUCGGGGCGGUAGGUGAGGCUAGUGGGAGUGCCGGAGUGGUGGAAUUGCAGCAUGGCGCGAUGCGUGGGAUGUUGGGAUCAGAUUCGGGAGGUGCAGAGUUAUCGGCAUGGGCAUAGGAACGUCGAUGAUUGAGUCAGUUGUUAUGUUGAGGUUUUGUGAGUAAAGAUGCAUUUGAUCAUGCAAAGCCGAGGAUUAACCUGCUGCAGGAUGUUAAUUGAUCGUACAAAAGUCGCAUCAGGCUCACGUACGUCGCGUCUAUCUGUCACAGACGCGGCUGCUGAUAGGAACUCUUGUACUUUAUUAUGUAUACUGUUGUGCGAAUGCCAUUAGGACUCGUCGUUGCUAGCAGGCUACUGCUACUGACCGACUGUAGCUAGACGCAAUACCAUACCUUGAUGCAUCCAUCCUUGUUGGGAUUUUGCAAAAAUAUUUGUCAGGCGUUAUCGGCGUGUUAUCUGUAAGAGCACAAUACAGCGCAAUCCCAAUACCUGCGAACCGGGAGUGACUAGACUGACUACUGACUGGACCGAAGGUUGCUACAGCACAGAAAUAAUGAGAGGGCACAGAGUAUUCCCUGCUGAUUGCGACAUCCGAGAUGGCUGUGAUAAGGACGUGCGCGGAUUUGUCACGGACUCUAGGAUGACCGUUCUUGUUAACAAAGGACAUCCAUCGAAGGCACCCACACCCCUCUCCCAGGUCCACAAGAGCCCAAAGACCGCAUGGCCUGCCAACCAUGGAAAGGGCUCCGACCUGCGCCCAGACGCCUCAUCUGGGCGCUGCCGGCAAAACCCAACUGCGCCAACAUACGAGGAGUUGUUACGACACGUUGGACCGCUAAACGACAAGCAACACCCGGUAGCAUGCCAACCGAAAGCAGCAUGGAGCAGCGAACAGCCGCUACCCGCGCCACGUACCUCCCAGCGCUAUCGCAACCGCUCUAGCAGCCAACACGGCUCCAACAACUCAGCCCUGCCGCUGCGCAGAUGCACCUCAACCGGCGGCGGCGCUGCCAAAACACCACCUAACAACACUCGCGGCGUCUAUACCCGCGGCGUCUACCGCACCGUAUCAGCCCCCGCCGGCCCCGAAUCCACCCCCAUCCAACCCUUCAACUACACCUCAGAGGCCGGCUUAGCUCCCUCCUCUGCGGACAACAACAGCACCUCCGGCAUCCCCUCAACCGGCUCCCUCCUGGGCGCCCUGCAGAAUGUGGCGGCUGCGGCCUCCUGCAGCGCCUCCGCCCUCUGCCAGGCACGCCAGGCCCAUGUGGAGCAGCUGGAGCAGCAGCGGCGGCAGUUCCAGCGGCUCAUGUCGGGUGUGGUGUCCCGGAGGUCCUCAGCGCCCAGCGCAGCAGCAACUGCAGCAGAAGGGCCCGCACCGGCCUCUGGAGCAGCCUGUAACAGCAACAACAGCGGUGGCGGCAUGGGGAAUAACAGUGCGCAGUCUUCGUACAUCCCCUCUUGUGCCGUACAUGCAGGCUGCGCUGGGAGUGUGGAUCCCAUGGUUCCCGCGGGGCCCCCUCUCGCCCCUCGUGGCGACCCGGCAGCCGCGUUCUUCGCGCGGCGGAGCACUGAGGGCUGGAUCCAGAUGGCUGCAGCGGCGGCGGCAGCAGCAACAACUGGGCGGCAUGGGUGGGAGCCGGCAGGGUGUGACUGGCAAGAAGAGGCGGCAGCGACGGCAGCGGCAUUAAACCAGCCUUGCUCUUACAACGACCCGUACCACAACCACCACUACCAGCAGCAACGGCUGCCGCCGUAUCUGGAGGUAGCUCCCUCCACUUCGGAGCACUGGGAGCCGCUACCGUACGUGACCCAGAUGUACCGCGGGGUGCAGUUCGAUAUGCCGGCUUGCUGCUUCGUCACCAAGCGGCGGCGGCAGCGUGGGGCCCGGCGGGGCGACCCGGAGGAGGAGGAGGUGCUGGUGGAGGGGCCGGGGGUGGUGGUGCAGCUGGCGUUCAGGGACGAGGGGCGGCGGGUGGUGCUGGUGUCGUCCAACUGUGUGUGUACGGUAAAGCGGUUGGACGAGCGGCACUUGGUAACCAUACUGGCACCACAGCCGCGAGGGCUGCGUGCUAGAUCCAAUUAGAGGAGUUGGGUCAUACUUGCGGUAAGGGGUGCUGUAUACAACGUACAUAUGAUAUACAUAUGGUUUUCAGGAUGUAGUUGAUGGAGCUUUCUCGUAGGUUGUACAUAUGGUUUUUGCACAUAUCGCCGCACAGUGCAUGCGCGUAAGAGGGGUUUACAUAUUUGGGAAAGACGAGGGGUCGCGUGAUGCUAGCUACCGUGCCCGCUGCGAAGCGGGGUGAAGAGCACGAAGGCUGUUCUUGUGCGUCAGGUGGCAUAGCGCGGCGGCAGCAGUGAGUGAUUGACGAGUGUCGGUUACAAUGUCUCGCUAAGCGGGAACAUGGGUGGUGAACCCAACCCUACAGUGAUGGCUUACUUAUGGAGCAAGGGUAGCAGCACCGUGAGAGGUACAUCGACUUGGGUUUGCGGCGCUGAAGAAUGCGUGCGCUCGUUCACAGGGAGUAGGGUGUGCAUGCGUGCAUGUGCAGCCAUGCAUGGAGGAACAAGGUCGACUUUCUUGGGGUGCAUUCGGCUGGUUAGGCAUUGGAGACCAAACGCAGGUGACAAAGGACGAAGAGCGUGGUGUGUGCGUGCAUUCAUUGGUGGGACGUCAAAAGUGGGUACGAACUUGUAUCACUGCCAUUCUAUUGGAUCCUACUAUCGGCACUAGCUGAGGGUUUCGUCUGUGUCAACGGAGAUUGACUUGGACUUGGAUUCUUUUGCGUUUUGCGUUUUAAACUGUCAUAUCUAGGGCGUCUUUAAUAUCGUGUUUAGUUGCCUUGUGCUAUAGGCCUUGAGCCGCUUGAACGCAAGUCGCUGUUAACUGUCUGGUGCUGGUGUGUCAGCACGGGGGAUUGAAGGGCUGUCGCAAGUGCCCCAUGGACAGCAACGUGCGUGCGGGUUUUGUUUUUGAUGCGGUUGCUCGGGUCCUUCCCUAACUUGAAGAAAGCCUCAGGAGGGUGGUCACCAACGUCCUAACUGCUAUGAACAUGAGUCUGCCGAAGCUCAGCGUGCGUAAGCUGCUUUCUCUAUGGGCAUGUUGCAGUACGCUGCGACACAGCGGUUGCUCGUCCACCCAUCAGAGCAUGCUAGCUAGCUUCUUUUGUAAUUCUCAGUUGAUAGUUAGAUUAUAAGUAAUCUGUUUAUGGUAGAGGUUUCAAAGGGCUCAACACACCUCAACGCACUAGGCCGCUAGGCCUCAACCCCAGUCUCUGCCCAACGGAGGGACUUAAAAUACUUCUGAACAUCCACGCACAUAUAGCUUAAAAGUUGCAACCCGUUAAUAGUUCUGGGUGGUCUCAGUUGCAGCGAAAAUGACGAGGCGCAUGGCCCUGCGCUUCGUUGCCGUGCUCUUUGUAUUUGGUCAUCUACACGCCUGCCAUGCAAUACCCUCCUUACGUGGUAUUUGGCCAUUAAGAAUACAGAAGCCGGCCGGUAUGAAGGACCAGUUGACAACGAGGACUGCAUCGGUUGCGGAUGACGCGGAACUGCGCUCGUUCAUGGCGGGGCCAGCUGGUAUUGCGAUCGCUGCUCGUCAGGGCCUCUUUGACUACGCCAUGGAAGUGGCGCUCAUGUUCCUGGGCGAGAAGCUCCAAGGCCAGGUCAUCCCCGACGUGUCCAAGAGGUUCAACAUCCCGGUUGUUGGCUCCUUCGACCUGCAGCUCAGCGACAUCGCCGUCACCAACUUCACAUGCCCCCCUAGCGGCGCGAACCUCACCAUCCUGGGUGACGGCUUCUUCCACCUGCUGGCUGCCGACCUGAGCGCCCGCCUGGCCUUCAAGUGGCACUGGAGCAAGGCGGGGCUGUCGGGCAGCGGGGAGGGAGAGCUGCUGCUGCAGGGCGGCACCAUCGACUGGGUGUUCGAUGUGCGCAAGGACGAGCAGCUGCAGAAGCCGCAACUGCAGGUGGUGACGGCCAACAGCUACUUCAACUCGGUUGACCUCACCAUCCACAGCUACGCUGCUGACUGGCUGUACCAGGCGGUGCUGUCGCUGUUCAACGAGGCGGUGCAGCGGCAGGUCCAGAACGGUGUCUCCUCCGCGCUGGACUCCGACGUGCCCGCCCGCCUGAACCAGGUGCUGGCUUCGCUGCCCACUCGGCUGGAGGUGAGCGGGCUGCCCUUCAGCGCCGCAUUCGAGUACAGCCUCUACACGGCGGCCUACGUGCUGGUGAAGGGCUACGGACAGGUGCAGGUGCCCGACCCGGCGCCGGACGCACUUGGGGCGGCGGCCGCGGGGGGAGAGGAGGCGGUGGUGGUUGCGGCAGGGGAGCAGCAGCAUGGGACAACACAGGACACAGGCUCACGGGUGUCUGGGUCUCAGACAGCGCAGGAGCAGGAGGAGGUGGAGGUGGUGGCAUCCCACCGGCAUCGGCACCUGCACCAACACCACCAUAGCCACCACCACCACCACCACCGUCAUCACCACCGGCGUCACCUUGCUUCCACCUCCUCCACCUCAUCCUCCUCGUCCGCUGCCGCCGCCCGGUCCGCUGCUGUGUCCCAGAUGUCCGCCUGCCCCUUCGAGGCCUCCCGCCUGCCCCUCUCCUCCGAGCAGCUGGCGGGCGAGGCGCGCGGCCUGUCGCUGUACCUGCACGAGGCCACCGCCAACUGCCUGGCGUGGGGGCUGUUCCGCAGCGGCAAGCUGAGGGGCAGCAUCCGGGACGGCAGCCUGCCGGGGAUCACCAUCACCACGGACGUGUUGGCGCUGCUGGUGCCGCAGCUGCCCACCAUGUACCCGCACCAGCACAUGGUCAUUGAUGUGGAGGCUCUGGACAGCCCCCGCCUGGCCUUCAGCGCCGCCUCCGGCACCGAGCUGCAGCUGCACUACCGGCUGUCGCUGCGGGUGGCCAACGAGAGCCUGGGCUCCCCCGAGGUGGUGCGCCUGGCCGCCAACGUGAGCAUCAGCGCGCAGCUGGACUGGGAGAGCACGGUGGUGGGCGAGGUGACGGCGCACCAUGUGGUGGAGGCGUCGGUCAUCGCAGUGCCGCCGGAGCAGUGGGACAACACAGUGGUGUGGCUGCUGCAGAGCUACGGCGGGCUGCUGCCGCUGCGCCAGGUGGUUGAGAUGCUGGUGAAGACGCCCAUCGCGUCGCGGGUGGCACUGCAGGGGGCGCACGCAAACACCUGGGACCGCUGGUUCGGGCUGUCGGCGGACGUGCGGCUGACAGGGGACUUGUGGGGGCAGCCGGGGGUUGUGGCGGCAUGAGGGAGGGAUUCCUAGUGUGUUCGACGGUUUGUAAUCUGUAGCACUAAGAGCGACUUAGAUGCAGUUACUUCAUAGACAAGUAACCGUUUUUACAUGUACCAUAGUUGUUGAUGUACAUUAGCACGUCUCAGCCCAUCGGCUGUGCGUUGGUGCCAAUAGUAAAAGCGAUUGUAAGUAGAUUAUAUGUAUGCCAGGUAAUUGCCAAGCAGGAGGGAGGGCUGUGCUGACGUCUUGGACUAUCCCUUGUCUAGCUCAGUGCAAGCAGAGAUGUAACAAGUCAUUGGAUUCAGGUGGAAUCAGAUACAUGGGCACGACAAUUCUCUCCCUUCUGCAUUGCCUGUAUUUUACAAAAGCUAUAUCGGUACUGUUUCGGAGCCAACCCCUACAAAGGCCCUCAUGUCUGUAACAUCAUUGUUAGCCACCACCAUCUAGAUACUAGUCAUCACAUCUACGUCCUGAUCAUCAAGUCCAAUCCACAUACUCCCAUGCAUCAUUGUCACACACCACCAGCUGAACGUCUACGAAACUUCACACAUGCCCACACAAAUCCGCCUCUGCAGCCGCGUCCAAGGGGACGUUUCCGAACCAGAUUCAGCAACGUAGGCCCAGCGAGGGCCCCAACCUCCUCUCAACCGUGACGCCUCAUCCACGAUACCCUCCGUUAAGAGGGACUCCCUGCUCAACUGCACCUCCCAACAACUUGCCUAGUCGACUUUUUCUUCUCUUCGCCAAUAACAUUGAUGAUCGAACGGCACGAAACGAUAUGAUAGACCUCUAUUAAAGGGCACGAGCUAAGCAGCACCAUCCAGCAGCUAGCAAUAGGACAACUAAUCCCCAUUCGUUAGUACGGCUCCUCAAUCAAGUGUGCAUAAGACAUAAUCAGGUUUAGAACACGCGGGUCAUAGACUUUACCUCCAUCACAGCCAACCUACACGAUAUGCAGACAGGUGAAGGCAAAGAAUGCUAGGAAGACCCCGACAGCAAUAGCACUGCCGGAGAUGCUUAUUGGCAGACCGCGCGUGCGGCGCGUUCCUAAUAACUACUUGAAAGAACUUCAGUUGAUUCUCUUCUCUCAAA